GAGCUGGAGUCCGUUAUCAGAAUCGAGAAGGGGUUUUAUUCGCUUUCCAUUCAGCGGGUGUUGUGUUAGCUGAGCUGUGCUCGGUUGUGGUGCAAACUAGCUCACAGACAUCGCUGACUGUUGGAGUUCACACAGUCGUCUGGUCUGUUUUAGUGAGCUGCAUUUGUGUCCGACUGCGCUUCCGCCAUGUUGAACUGAAUCAAGUUGUGACUGACUGCUGGGACCGAAGUGACAAGCCCCAGAAAUCGGACUAGAUAGAGUUAGGGGGGCUGUUACCGCGCCGGUGACGCAGGAAAAACACCCAGAAGCAGAGGAAAAAAACGUAGGAAUUAGAUCAUUCUAGUAACAGGUUUGUGUCCUGUGAAACUGUCACUGAUAUAGGCCACGUUUAUGUAAUACACGACGACACCAUCGUUCAAGGCUGGACGUAGCCCGUGAAUAGAGGGGAAGUCAUAUCAAAUUCCUGGUUAUGCAAUGGUCUCAGCAGCACACCCAGAUCUCCAGGUGCUUGUGUCCCUCUCUCGUGUGUUCCGGCUCUCUUCCCUCUGCUCUACAGCUGAGGUGGCUGUGAUUUCCCUCCUGGCCAGCGCUCCCUAAGAGGCCAAGAUUGCCAAGAUCUGCCCCGUGGCGAGCAUGACGGCCACCACGCGUGGCUCUCCGGUGGGGGGCAAUGACAGUCAGGGGCAGGGCCAGGCUCCUGAUGCUCAGAGCCAACCCCCACUGCCACAGAACCAGACGUCAUCUCCUAACUCAUCUAAUGAGAACUCUCCAGUGAGCCCACCAGAUGACCAGGGCCAGGGGGAUGGUCCCCCUCAGCUGGAAGAGGAAGAGCCAGCUUUUCCUCACACUGACCUAGCCAAGCUCGAUGACAUGAUCAACAGGCCUCGUUGGGUUGUUCCAGUUUUGCCAAAAGGAGAGUUAGAAGUCCUCUUGGAAGCUGCUAUAGACCUGAGUAAAAAAGGACUGGAUGUGAAGUGUGAAGCAUGUCAGAGGUUUUUCCGAGAUGGUCUGACCAUUUCCUUCACAAAAAUCCUCACAGACGAGGCAGUCAGUGGUUGGAAGUUUGAAAUUCAUAGGUGUAUCAUAAAUAACACACACCGGUUGGUGGAGCUAUGUGUGGCCAAGCUCUCUCAGGACUGGUUUCCUCUACUGGAGCUGUUGGCCAUGGCCACCAACCCUCACUGCAAGUUCCACAUCUACAAUGGCACACGGCCCUCUGAGACCGUCCCUGCUGGAGCACAGCUGGCUGAUGAUGAACUCUAUGCCCGACCACCAGACCCUCGAUCUCCCAAGGGUUGGUUGGUGGACUUAAUAAACAAAUUUGGCACGUUAAACGGGUUUCAAAUUUUGCACGAUCGCUUCAUGAGCGGCCAAGCACUGAACGUCCAGAUCAUCGCUGCACUUAUCAAGCCUUUUGGCCAGUGUUAUGAGUUCCUCACAUUGCACACAGUAAAGAAGUACUUCCUUCCAGUCAUCGAGAUGGUUCCCCAGUUUCUAGAGAAUCUCACAGAUGAGGAGCUAAAGAAAGAGGCCAAGAAUGAAGCCAAAAAUGAUGCACUGUCCAUGAUAAUCAAGUCUCUGAAGAAUCUGGCUUCUCGUGUACCAGGGCAGGAGGAGACCGUGAAGAAUUUAGAGAUUUUUAGGUUAAAAAUGAUUCUUAGGUUAUUGCAAAUUUCUUCUUUUAAUGGCAAAAUGAAUGCACUAAAUGAAGUUAACAAGGUGAUCUCCAGUGUGUCCUACUACACUCAUCGGCAUAACCCUGAGGAGGAGGAAUGGCUGACUGCAGAGCGUAUGGCGGAAUGGAUCCAACAGAACCACAUCCUGUCCAUUGUGCUGAGGGACAGUUUGCAUCAGCCGCAGUAUGUCGAGAAACUGGAGAAGAUCCUUCGCUUUGUUAUCAAAGAGAAAGCUCUUACCAUGCAGGAUCUGGACAACAUCUGGGCUGCACAGGCUGGUAAACAUGAGGCCAUCGUUAAAAAUGUCCAUGACCUGUUGGCUAAGCUGGCGUGGGACUUCUCGCCUGAGCAGCUGGAUCACCUUUUUGACUGUUUCAAGGCAAGCUGGACCAAUGCCAGCAAGAAGCAGCGUGAAAAACUGCUGGAACUUAUUCGCCGCUUGGCUGAGGAUGAUAAGGAUGGUGUGAUGGCCCACAAGGUCCUUAACUUGCUGUGGAACCUGGCACACAGCGAUGAUGUGCCUGUAGACAUCAUGGACCAGGCUCUCAGUGCUCACAUCAAGAUAUUGGACUAUAGUUGCUCACAGGACAGAGACACCCAGAAGAUUCAAUGGAUAGAUCGCUUCAUAGAGGAGCUACGAACCAAUGACAAAUGGGUGAUCCCUGCCCUUAAGCAAAUCAGAGAAAUCUGUAGCCUCUUUGGAGAAGCUCCUCAAAACCUUAGAAAGAAAAUGCCAAUUUACAUACAAACGAGCUUAGCGGGUCAAACUCAGAGAAGUCCUCAUGUUUUUUACCGCCAUGACCUGAUCAACCAGCUGCAGCAUAACCAUGCUCUGGUGACGCUUGUGGCUGAGAACCUCUCAGCCUACAUGGAGACCAUGAGGCAGUUGUCUAAAGAGGAACAAGCAGAAUUCGACCCACAGACAGUUAGACCAGGAAGCCGCUAUAGCCACGUCCAGGAAGUCCAGGAAAGGCUCAACUUCCUAAGGUUUCUGCUAAAAGAUGGCCAGCUGUGGCUGUGUGCCCCUCAGGCUAAGCAGAUCUGGAAGUGUCUGGCUGAGAACGCAGUGUUUCUCUGUGACCGUGAGGCUUGCUUUAAAUGGUACUCCAAACUGAUGGGUGACGAGCCAGACCUGGACCCAGACAUCAAUAAGGACUUCUUUGAGAACAAUGUUUUGCAGUUGGAUCCCUCUCUGCUGACAGAGAAUGGGAUGAAGUGCUUUGAGAGGUUCUUCAAGGCUGUCAACUGCAGGGAGGGGAAAUUGGUAGCAAAGCGCAGGGCCUACAUGAUGGAUGACCUGGAACUAAUAGGCUUGGACUAUCUCUGGAGGGUGGUGAUUCAAGGAAGUGACGACAUUGCAAACCGAGCCAUAGACCUGCUGAAAGAGAUCUACACCAAUCUGGGACCAAAACUACAAGUAAACCAGGUUGAAAUUCACGAAGACUUCAUCCAGUCAUGUUUUGACCGCCUGAAGGCAUCCUACGACACCCUUUGUGUGUUAGAUGGAGAUAAAGACAGCAUUAACUGUGCCCGUCAGGAGGCCAUCCGCAUGGUACGAGUUCUCACUGUGCUUAAGGAGUACAUCAAUGAGUGUGACAGUGACUACCAUGAGGAGAGGACUAUACUGCCCAUGUCAAGAGCUUUCCGUGGGAAGCAUAUCACAUUGAUUGUACGUUUCCCCAACCAAGGUCGACAGGUGGAUGAUUUGGAUAUCUGGUCACACACAAAUGACACAAUUGGCUCGGUUCGGCGUGGUAUUCUAAACAGGAUAAAAGCUAAUGCUGCCCAUACCAAGAUUGAGCUCUUUAUUGGUGGAGAGGUAGUUGAUCCAGCUGACGACAGGAAGCUGAUUGGACAGCUCAAUUUGAAGGACAAAACGCUUAUCACAGCCAAGCUGACCCAGGUGAGUGCGAAUAUGCCCUCGAGCCCAGACAGCUCAUCUGACUCAUCCACUGGCUCUCCUGGUAACCACGGUAACCACUACAGUGAUGGCCCCAACCCUGAGGUGGAGAGCUGUCUUCCGGGUGUGAUUAUGUCGCUGCAUCUGCGCUACAUUUCCUUCCUGUGGCAAGUGGCCGACCUGGGGUGCAACCUUAACAUGCCCCUGCUGAGAGAUGGAGCUCGAGAUCUCAUGAAACUCAUGCCCCCAGAUAACACUACAGUGGAGAAUCUGAGAGCUGUUUGUCUGGACCAUGCCAAGCUUGGUGAGAACAGCCUGAGUCCUUCUCUGGACUCACGCUUCUUUGGCCCCUCACCCUCACAAGUGCUCUACCUCAUUGAGGUUGUGUAUGCUUUGCUGAUGCCAGCCAGUGCCACUCUGGGCGAGGAUGCCAGCGACUUCCAGUACAAUUUCUUGAAAAGCGGUGGUCUGCCCCUGGUUUUAAGCAUGCUCACCAGAAACAACUUCCUCCCAUCUGCUGACAUGGAGACACGGCGUGGAGCUUACCUCAAUGCGCUCAAGAUCGCCAAGCUCCUCCUGACUGCAGUAGGCUUUGGACACGUGAAGGCCGUUGCUGAGGCCUGCCAGCCUAAUGCUGAGGGAAAUAUUCCUGUCUCUCCGAUAAAUCAGGCUACUCAUGACCAGGCACUGGUCCUCCAGAGUGCCCUGCAAAACAUCCCCAACCCUGCCUCAGAAUGCAUGCUGCGAAAUGUAGCCAUUCGCUUGGCCCAGCAGAUUUCUGAUGAGAAUUUCUUCCAGGCAUCGAAGUACAUCCCGGACAUUUGUGUGAUCCGUGCUAUACAGAAAAUUGUGUGGGCAUCAGGCUGUGGUACAGUGCAGCUUGUUUUCAGUUCCAAUGAGGAAAUCAGCAAAAUCUAUGAGAAGACGAAUGCAGCAAAGGAACCAGAUGGGGAGGAUGAGCAGGUGUGCUGUGAGGCCCUGGAGGUGAUGACACUGUGUUUCGCCCUCAUGCCCACAGCUCUGGACACACUCAGUAAAGAGAAGGCGUGGCAGACCUUCAUCAUAGACUUGCUGCUACACUGCCACAGCAAAUCUGUGCGGCAAAUGGCCCAGGAGCAGUUCUUCCUUAUGGCAACUAGGUGCUGUAUGGGCCAUCGACCCCUUCUCUUUUUUAUCACCCUCCUCUUUACUGUACUAGGGAGUACGGCCAAAGAGCGAGCCAAGCAUGCUGGGGACUACUUCACGUUGCUCAGACAUUUAUUAAACUAUGCCUACAAUAGCAACAUCAACCUGCCAAAUGCUGAGGUGCUACUCAACAAUGAGAUCGACUGGCUGAAACGAAUACGGGACGAAGUGAAGAGGACAGGGGAAACUGGAGUGGAGGAGACGAUCUUGGAGGGCCACCUUGGAGUCACCAAAGAGCUUCUUGCCUUCCAAACCCCAGAGAAGAAGUAUUACAUCGGCUGCGAGAAGGGAGGAGCAAACCUCAUUAAGGAGCUGAUUGAUGACUUCAUCUUCCCAGCAUCUAAUGUUUACCUGCAGUACAUGAAGACUGGCGAGUUCCCCACAGAGCAGGCCAUCCCAGUGUGCAGCACUCCUGCUUCCAUCAAUGCUGGUUUUGAGCUCCUCGUGGCGCUGGCUGUUGGCUGUGUCCGCAACUUGAAACAGAUAGUCGACACUCUGACUGACAUGUACUAUUUAGGUUGUGAGACGCUGACAGAGUGGGAGUACUUGCCUCCAGUGGGGCCACGGCCCAACAAAGGAUUUGUAGGUCUGAAGAACGCUGGGGCCACUUGUUACAUGAACUCUGUCAUUCAGCAGUUAUACAUGAUCCCUCCUAUCCGCAAUGGCAUCCUUGCCAUUGAGGGCACGGGGACCGAUGUGGAUGAUGACAUGUCGGGGGAUGAGAAGCAGGAAAAUGAGAGCAAUGUAGAUCCUCGUGAUGAGGUGUUCAGCUACCAUCACCAGUUUGAUGACAAACCUUCCAGUAAAUCAGAAGACAGGAAAGAGUACAACAUCGGGGUCCUGCGUCACCUGCAGGUCAUCUUUGGCCACCUGGCUGCAUCCAGACUGCAGUACUACGUCCCCAGGGGAUUCUGGAAACAGUUCAGGUUAUGGGGCGAGCCAGUUAACUUGAGGGAACAGCAUGAUGCACUGGAGUUUUUCAACUCUUUGGUGGACAGUUUAGACGAGGCUUUAAAAGCACUGGGCCACCCUGCCAUGCUCAGUAAGGUGCUGGGAGGAUCUUUUGCUGACCAGAAAAUCUGUCAAGGUUGCCCACACAGAUAUGAGUGUGAAGAGUCGUUCACAACACUCAAUGUAGACAUCAGAAACCAUCAGAACCUGUUGGACUCAAUGGAGCAGUAUGUAAAAGGAGAUCUGUUAGAAGGAGCAAACGCCUACCACUGUGAGAAGUGUAACAAAAAGGUGGACACAGUGAAACGUCUCCUGAUCAAGAAGCUGCCUCCUGUCCUCGCUAUUCAGCUGAAGCGCUUCGACUACGACUGGGAGAGGGAGUGUGCCAUCAAGUUUAAUGACUAUUUUGAGUUCCCUAGGGAGCUUGACAUGGAGCCCUACACGGUAGCAGGUGUGGCCAAGCUAGAAGGCGACGAUGUAAAUCCGGAAAACCAGGUUAUCCAACAGAAUGAGCCCUCUGAACCGACGCCACCAGGCAGCUCCAAGUAUCGCCUGGUGGGAGUGCUGGUCCACUCAGGCCAGGCCAGUGGCGGACACUACUAUUCGUACAUAAUCCAGAGGAAUGGGGGUGAUGGUGAGAAGAACCGCUGGUAUAAAUUUGAUGAUGGUGAUGUGACUGAGUGCAAGAUGGACGAUGAGGAGGAAAUGAAGAACCAGUGCUUUGGAGGGGAAUACAUGGGCGAGGUUUUUGAUCAUAUGAUGAAGAGGAUGUCGUACAGGAGGCAGAAACGCUGGUGGAAUGCCUACAUCCUGUUCUACGAACGUAUGGACUCAAUGGACAAGGACAGCGAGCUUGUCAAAUACAUCUCGGACUUGAAUAUCUCCUCCACUAAGCCGCAUCAGGUCAAGAUGCCUGGUGUUAUCGAGUGCAGCGUCCGCAAACAGAACGUCCAAUUCAUGCACAACCGAAUGCAAUACAGCCUGGAAUAUUUCCAGUUCAUUAAGAAACUUCUGACCUGUAACAGUGUCUAUUUAAACCCUCCUCCAGGACAAGACCACCUUUUGCCAGAGGCAGAGGAGAUUGCUAUGAUAAGUGCUCAGCUGGCUGCUAGGUUUCUCUUCAGCACAGGUUUUCACACCAAGAAAGUAGUACGGGGUCCUGCCAGUGACUGGUAUGAUGCCCUUUGCAUCCUGCUGAGACACAGUAAGAAUGUACGCUACUGGUUUGCACACAACGUUCUGUUUGCUUAUCCUAACCGGUUCUCUGAGUACCUGCUCGAGUGCCCGAGCGCUGAGGUCCGUGGGGCAUUUGCCAAGCUCAUUGUCUUCAUCGCUCACUUCUCCCUGCAAGACGGCCCCUGCCCCUCCCCCACCGCCUCGCCUGGACCCUCAGCUCAGGGCUGUGAUAACCUCAGUCUAAGUGACCACUUAUUGAGAGCUGUCCUCAACCUGCUGAGACGAGAAGUUUCUGAGCAUGGCCGUCAUCUGCAGCAGUACUUCAACCUCUUUGUCAUGUACGCCAAUCUGGGCCUGGCUGAAAAGACCCAACUGCUGAAGCUGAAUGUUCCUGCCACAUUCAUGUUGGUCGCUCUGGACGAGGGGCCUGGCCCUCCAAUUAAGUAUCAGUAUGCUGAGCUGGGCAAGCUCUACACUGUCGUCUCUCAGCUGGUUCGCUGUUGUGACGUCUCUUCACGCAUGCAGUCCUCCAUCAAUGGUAAUCCCCCUCUUCCUAACCCAUAUGGGGACACCAACCUGACAGCUCCGGUGAUGCCUGUGCAGCAGCUGGUGGCAGAGAUCCUGUUUGUGAGGACGAGCUACGUGAAGAAGAUCAUUGAGGACUGCAGCAACUCUGAAGAGACAGUGAAGCUGCUUCGCUUCAGCUGUUGGGAGAACCCUCAGUUCUCCUCCACUGUGCUCAGUGAGCUGCUCUGGCAGGUGGCGUACUCGUACACCUAUGAGCUGAGGCCUUACCUGGACUUGCUGCUACAAAUCCUGCUCAUCGAGGACUCCUGGCAAACACACAGGAUUCACAAUGCGCUGAAGGGCAUUCCCGAUGACAGAGAUGGGCUUUUUGACACCAUCCAGCGCUCCAAGAACCACUAUCAGAAACGAGCUUAUCAGUGCAUUAAGUGCAUGGUGGCCCUUUUCAGCAACUGCUCUGUGGCUUACCAGAUCUUACAGAGUAACGGUGACCUGAAGCGAAAGUGGACGUGGGCAGUGGAGUGGCUGGGCGAUGAGCUGGAAAGGAGGCCAUACACAGGAAAUCCACAGUACACCUACAACAACUGGUCCCCUCCUGUUCAGAGCAACGAGACCUCCAACGGAUAUUUCCUGGAGCGCUCUCACAGUGCACGUAUGACACUGGCCAAGGCCUGUGAGCUCUGUCCCGAGGAGCUCAAGUGUACUCAGGGAAGCCCAGGGAAGGAGCCAGAUGAACAGGAAGCACCUGAUGAUCAGGACUCCUCCCCACCUGAGGAUACGUCUCUGUACCCACAUUCUCCUGGAACAACCCAGUUUCAGCAGAACAACCACCCUCACGGGCAGCCGUACACCGGGCCUGCUGCUCAGCACAUGAACAACCCCCAGCGCCCCGGUCCGGCCUCUGCUCCGACUCCAGGCCCGACCCAGACUUCCGCCCCCGCCCCUGCCCCCGGUACCACUCCUGGAACAGGCCCGCGAGCACAAGAGAACUGGGAGGGCACAGAGGAGGUCGCCCCCGCCCCCACCUCCACCCCAGCGCCCGCCCCGCCUAAGGAGUAACCUCCCCCUCCCUUCCUCUGCUGUGCCUCGAGCCUCCAUCGUCCCGCUCUCUCCUCUCGCCGGGUCCCACCUUUCUCUUUCUCUCUCUGGCCCCAGGGCAGGGUAGAGCCAGGCCACUUCUCUCUCCUCUGUCCCCACUCCCCCCGACAGCCUGCGGGAGGCGCUCUCCCCUGACCUGAGGCCGCCUGACCGUGCGACAGGGGCCCAUUGGCGGCUGCAGAGGCGAGGGAGUGGACAAGAGUUCUAAUAACGAAAAAAACAAAUUUACCCGGAGCUGACGAUGCUGAUGCGCUUGUCUACACGACGAAAAGGUGUACAUAGUAUGUUAAUGUUUUUGACUGUUCAGAUCCCCCAGUAGCAUAACUCUGUGUGGUUUGCUGUUGGGAGAUGUUGCAGAUGUUAUGAAAAACAAAAUGGAUAUUAUAAAUAAUAAAAAUUCCCCCCCAGAAAAAAAAAAACUGUAAGAAGACAACAACUCCUCUUUGUUUUAUCACCCAUGCUCAGCAGUAAAACUUUGUUCUGCCAUCGGACGGUUUCUGGUCAUUCACCUGUAGAAGGACGCAUUGUUAUCAUCAUAAUUAUAUUCUUCUUCUUAAGCUCCUUGGCAACCUUACGACCCACGCCAAAUCAACCCGCGAGCUGUGGUUGGGUUUUACUGCGAGACGUGGAAUGGUUGGGUGGACUUUAAUGGUGUUUGGUUGAUGUGAAAAAGCAUUGAUGCAACAUUGUUCUGAAACUCAUUGCCUUUCUCUCACUUUUGUUUUUGUCUUUUUUUUUCUUUUUCUUUCUUUUUUUUUUUGUUCUGGUAAUUAAUUCAAUCCUUUCUGAAGCUCUAGUUAAUAUGCUGUAACAUUUAGCAUGGCUUCUCACCAGAAUAGUGUAGCCUAAGGGAAGACUUGUGAUCAUAACAACCUAAAAGCUGUUCUUAAUCCACAUCUCCAGAGGGGUGUUGUUACCCUUUAGGUUGUCUUUUUUUUCUACUCAUCUACCCUGUCUAACAAGAGGGCGAAACUUUUUUUUUUUUUUGGAACCAAUGUAUGAUUAAGUGGCUUUUCAAUUGCACAUUAUAAUCCUCCAACUUCACAUUUGGCAGUCAGUUUCGGUGGGUUAGACAACUUUAGCUUUCAUCUAUAGGAAAAUGAACACAUAUGCAACAGAACUGCUGCACUGGGCUUUCUGGUGUAUAAUAGACUGUGUGGUUUGCUUCUGUCUCUUCAAUAGAGCCUAGUCGUAGACAGACUUUGUUGCCCAUCGGCCUCCUUUCUGCCGUGGAGCUGGUCAGGUUUGGCGUCUGGCUGCGGUUUGGGAUAAUGUGACUGAUCCUGAGCAGCAGCGAGCACCCACCCCACCCCACCUAACCCCACCCACCCCCACCUUUGCUCCACAGAGAGUAGGUCCCACAGCAGGGUUUUACCGUAAGAAUAGCGGCUGGUUAGUCAUGUUGCAACUUGAGCUAACUUGUGAUUAUGUAGGAGUAAAGGUAAACAUCAGUAAAUACUGUAUUUAAUUGGUAACUUGAAUGCGUGUAAUUUUCUUUUUUUUUAUUCAUUUUUUUCUUUUCUUUUUUUUUGUCAAAAACAUACCAAAUACUCCUGCAAAUGAAAAUAUUCUGCCCACCGUAUUAUAUUUAAAUAUUUUGCUCUUAUUUUAUAGAAUUUAUUUUGUUGUAUUUCACUAAAAAAAAAAUAGAAUUUGAUUUAAGAGGAACAUUUUUGUCCUUGUGUUAUUUUUAAAGAAGAUAUUUGACUGUACAGAGUUCUGCGCCCUGUUUUUUGCCGACUUUUGUUUUGGCCAUGGUGUGACGUUGAAUUCUGGAGCUACAGUCGCGAUGUGGACUUUCACUUUGUGAGGUUUUUUGUGCACAGAAAUAUAACAAAAAAAAAAAAGCAUUGCGCCCUUAGCAAAUAAAGAACAUGGAAUCUUG